AUGGGUAUGACACUCCCAGAGCUACAGUUCACUCCGGUCGAGGAAAUCCCCUCACGGGUCUCCACCGCCCGCAAGGCCUUCCUUGAGCGCCGAACCUACGAUGUCGAGUUCCGUCUCGUGCAACUGCGCAAGCUCUACUGGGCUAUCAAAGACCACGAGGAAGAGAUCGCCGAAGCUUUACGGCUGGACUUGAACAAGCCGCGCUUUGAGACCGAGCUUGCGGAGACUGGCUGGUUGCUUAAUGACAUUGUUUUCGCCUGUCGCAACCUGCACAAAUGGCUGAAAGAUGAGAAGGCCCAGGAUAUCGAAUUGACUUACAAGUUCAUGAGUCCCAAGAUCCGGAAGGACCCCCUCGGUGUUGUUUUGGUGAUUGGACCCUUCAACUUCCCCUUCCAAUUGACUCUCGGCCCCGUUAUUGGUGCCAUCGCUGCCGGUAACACCGUCAUCAUGAAGCCUAGCGAGAAUGCGUCGCGCAGCGCCGCCGUGCUCCAGAAAAUAUUCGAGGCUAGCCUCGACCCCGCAUGCUACUCUGUCGUCCAAGGAGGCGUCCCCGAAACACAAGCUCUGUUGGCUGAGCGGUGGGAUAAGAUCUUCUUCACUGGUAGUACCAAUGUUGGCCGUAUCGUUGCCAAGGCUGCUGCGCCCAACUUGACCCCCGUUGUGCUCGAGCUGGGCGGUAUAAACCCUGCUUUUAUUCCCAAGUCUGCCGAUCCCAGAUUAGUGGCUCGUCGUAUGCUCUGGGGUAAGCUCCUGAACGCUGGUCAGGUCUGCACUUCCCAGAACUACCUGCUUGUGGAUAAGACGCUCGUGUCGCAAGUUGUGGAGGAAUUUAAGAAGGCGUACAAGGAGUUCUACCCCAACGGUGCUAAGGGAAGCUCUGAUUACUGUCACAUUAUUAACCAGGCUUCUUUCCUGCGCCUGAAGUCCAUGCUUGAUAACACCAAGGGCAAAAUCUUGAUGGGUGGUACUAUGGACGAGAAGGACCUUUUCAUUGACUUGACCAUUGUCCAAGUGGACUCGGUUGAUGAUUCGAUGUGCUCCCAAGAGAGCUUCGGCCCCUUCAUUACUAUCCUUCCCGUUGACAACCUGGAUGAGGCUAUCAACCUGGCCAAUGGUGUCUCGAGCACUCCUCUGGGUGUCUACCCCUUCGGCUCCAAGGCCGAUGUCGAGAAGGUCAUCGCUUCUACCCGUUCUGGUGGUGUCUCUGUCAACGACGCCGCCUUGCACAUCCCCACCCUUCCCUUCGGAGGUGUCGGCGAGAGUGGACACGGCGCAUACCGUGGUCGUGCCAGCUUCGACGUAUUCGUUCACCGUCGCACCAUUACUACCACCCCUAGCUGGCUCGAAUCCAUGCUCGCUAUCCGUUACCCGCCGUACGCCGGCAAAAUUAAGACUUUCAAGGCCGCCAGCGCAUUGACUCCCGACUUCGACCGCAAUGGUCGCAAGCUGACCCUCGGCUGGUUGCGCUACUUCCUGACUUUGGGUGGUGGUAGUGCUAAGGCUGGCGCGGGUCGUGCUGCUGUUGUUGCUGCCAUGGCCUACAUUGUGCUCCAGAUCUUGGAGCGCCGAUCUGCAAAACUUUGA